AGCGUCCGUAUGAGCGCGGAUAAACGGAUUUGUUGUUGUGUCGGUGUUGCUGUGAUUUCUCUGUGCUGGACACCGGCUACGUCUUAUUGAACAUAAAAUAACCGACUAAAAUGAGUCUUUCUCUGAGGACGGACCUUACAGCAGACAAAAACAAGAAGAAGAAGAGGAGAGAGCUCACCGAGGAUCAGAAACAUGAAAUCAAAGAAGCCUUCGAUCUGUUUGACACUGACAAAGAUAAGGAAAUCGAUUAUCAUGAGCUGAAGGUGGCGAUGCGAGCUCUCGGUUUCGAGGUGAAGAAAGUCGACGUUUUGAAGAUCCUGAAAGACUACGACAGAGAGGGAAACGGAAAAAUCACUUUUGAUGAUUUCAAUGAAGUUGUGACGGAUCGCAUCCUGGAGCGAGACCCGAAAGAGGAGAUCAUGAAGGCCUUUAAGCUGUUCGACGAAGACGAAUCAGGAAAAAUCAGUCUGAGGAACCUGAGACGAGUCGCUCGAGAACUCGGGGAGAACAUCAGCGACGAGGAGCUGCGCAGCAUGAUCGACGAGUUUGACACAGACGGAGAUGGAGAGAUAAAUCAGGAGGAAUUUCUCUCCAUUAUGACCGGAGACUCGUGAUUCAUGGAGGAUGUUUUUGUUGGAUCGGUCGUCCACAUCGACAGAGAGGAUACAUCGUAUGAACUUGAUGGACUCUGGAGGGUCUGAAGAAGUCUGGACCAUCUUUAUUGGUCAUUUGGUUUCUUACAGUUGAUGAUCAGAUGUCUGAACAGACGUAGUCUGGUCAGUCCAGCUCUAUACUUGGUUGUUAAUGUCAUGAAGGGGUUAAAUUCUGUGCUGUUGACUUUUACAUGUUUGUGUGUGAAUGUAAACGUGCUGUCAGAAUAUUUCAGACUUAAUUUUAUCACUUUAGAUCAUUUUUAUUCAGCUGAUGUUUAAGUUUGUUUUCUGGUCACCUCAAAAAUAACUGUUCAUGAGUGAGUUUGUGGUCUUUUUUUAUUUUGAGGAGAAAAAAACAACACGUUUCAAAAAUGACCAUUUAUGACUGAUCCUGUUUAUGGCUUGAUUGUUUCAUUGUGCUAUUUAUUUUAUACAAAAUUAAAUGAGUUUGCCAACACA